UCCGAAUGUUUCUCGCAUACUCUCAACUAUCACGCAAUGGCACCUCACCCUGUGGUGGAAUUAACCUCGGAAGCAUCCUGGAAUCUCAUUGAGGACAAGUUCACUCCCUAUGGGAAAGAAACACUCGCGAAGCUCGUACACUUCCUUCAGGAUGAGAUUCUUCCUUCUAUGAAACUCGCGCAUGCGCAGGUUCCUAAAGACUCUGUGCAGCGGUGGAAGACGGUGGUUCCCGUAAUCGAAGAGCUGAAGGUGAAAGCACGUAAGCUCGGGCUGUGGAACCUCUUCCUGAGCAAGACGCACUACCCUGAACAUGGGGUUCCAUUAACUAACGUCGAGUAUGCGGUUAUGGCUGAGAUUCUCGGACGCGGAGGACACAUAGCUUCUGAGGCGGUAAACUGCUCGGCCCCAGAUACCGGGAACAUGGGUUCUCCAGAGCAGCAGAAGAAGUGGCUUGUUCCUCUGCUCAAUGGCGAAAUCCGGUCCGCUUUUGCGAUGACUGAGCGGUUUGUGUCUUCCUCGGAUGCCCGUAACAUCAAGACCUCUAUCAAGAGGGAAGGCGAUGAGAUUGUUAUAAAUGGUCACAAGUGGUGGAUAUCGGGUGCGGGCGAUCCGCGUACUAAACUCCAUCUCGUCAUGGGAAAGAGCGACCCGGACAAUGCGAAUGGGUAUCUGCAACAAAGUGUGGUCAUUGUACCUGCAGAUGCGCCUGGCGUCAAGAUCAUUCGGCCCAUGGAAGUAUUUGGGUAUGAUGAUGCGCCUGAGGGACACUGUGAGAUCAUCUACGAAAAUGUGAGAGUGCCCAUGAGCAACAUGGUGCUUGGCUGGGGACGAGGAUUUGAGAUUAUUCAAGGCCGUUUAGGUCCGGGACGUAUUCACCAUUGUAUGCGCUCAAUAGGUGCAGCAUCGCGGGCUCUGGAUCUUAUGAUCCAGCGCGUCACCGAUCCUACUCGAAAGACUUUUGACAAGUUUCUUUAUCAGCAUGGUACGGUGGUAGCCGAAAUCGCGCGGUCUCGGGCUGAGAUCGAGUCUGCACGCCUUCUUGUCCUGAGCGCAGCCCUCCAAAUCGACAAACAACGGGCCAAGGGUGCGCUGAAGGAAAUCGGCAUUGCCAAGUUUGUCGUGCCUGCGAUGGCUUGUGGAGUGGUCGAUCGCGCUAUCCAAGCAUAUGGUGCCGAGGGCUUAAGCCAAGACCAAGAACUUGCGAGCAUGUUUGCUGGACUGCGGACGCUGCGGUUGGCGGAUGUUCAUAUUCAACAGGUGGGGCAACGUGAAUUGAAGCGUGCACCGGGGCUGCAUAAACGUGCUGCGGAAUUGAAGGAAAAGGAAUUUUCUGUACUGUCUAAGGCAGGCAUCAAGGCUCAUCUCUGACGAGUUUAUUUUUUCUGGACACAUGUACAUUAUUUUGGAAAGUCUUCGAGUGGUUGACCUCGAGUUUGAGUA